CAAACAGAAAUAUUGGAAGUGAGUAGUCUGCUACUCGAUCAAAGACUGGAGAAAUUUUCGUUCUCACUUGUUCGUUUCUUGAAUUCUUCGAGGGUUUAGGGGUUUACAACAUGUCGAAGAAAAGGAAGAGGGAGGAUGAACAACUGGACCUUGUGGUUGCCCCGCCGAAGUCUUUUCCGGUGGAAUUGGUUGAGAAAAUUUUGCUCAGCCUCUGGGAUCAGCAAGUCGUACAAGAAUCGUCUGUCAGAACCUGAUUUCUUGCGCGACUUUCUCUUCCAGAAUUCCGAUUUCUACAACGAUUCACAGCUUGUCAUCCAGCGUCAGAACAACGAUCGCACUCUUCACUCAUUUCACUCUUUCCGCUCACUACGUCUCAUCGAUGGCAAACCGCCAGAGGAAAGUUUGGACUCUAUUUUGGGCGAAGGAUAUGAAAUCCGCUGGGCAUGCAAGGGGGUUUUCUGCUUAUGUAAUGGCAAUGCCGGCGACAUCUCCACCAUUGCUUUGUGGAACCCUAACACGGCCCAGACCAAGGUACUUCCGGAUUCCAUCCUGACUGAUAGUGUGAAGCCGUAUGGCUUGAGCUUGGAGAGCAUUGGGUUUGGUUUUGAUCCAAAUUCAAACGACUACAAAGUCCUAAGAUGCAUGUCUUGCAUUGAUGAUGAUGAAAUUGGUGGUGAGUAUGAGCACUUUCUAGAGCUGUACAGCCUAAGGAUGAAUUCAUGGAGGCUUCUUGAUAUGGACGGCUAUCAUUGCCCAUACAAUAUCCCGUAUUCUGUGCCAUCCAAUGAUGGGAGAUGGUUCCAUUGGUGCUGUGAGGAUUUUGAACUUGCUCGCUUUGACAUGAGCAGUGAAGAUUAUGACUGGUAUGGCUUCGUAUCUCCAGUAAUGAUGGAUCCCUCACCUGUGAUAUCCUUCUCCAUGGUCAAAGGUUUGUUGGUCGUCAUGUUUAUAAAUGAAGAUUCCUUGGAGACCUGGAUAUCCGUUGAUUACGAGAAAAGAAUGCUGCAACUGUCCUCCGUCAAGCUGAACCAGUUGGAUGCGUGUCACUGUGAAUAUAUGGAAGGAUGGAAGGGGGUUUCUCCAGAGAAGUGGCGACAGAAAGCUCAUGGUCAUUGAUCUUCUCAGUGGGAAUAUUAUUCCCACAGAGCUUCAAAUUGAAGGAGAUUGGACUUCUUUCAAGUUGUUUCCAUAUACUCCAUCUCCAGUUUCAUUGGCAUGAUGGAUUCUAAUUGACUAAUUGUAGUAAGUGCCACUUCUAUCCAUACAUUAGAGGGUUAACGCUUGGGUUCUAGUUCAAUGUAAUUGCAAACUGAUCUCCUACCUUCCUUGGCUGCUGCCGAUUAGUGAGGAGUUGUUUAAGAAAAGUACGCUGUUGCUGGCAUUUGAUAACUUUAGGUGUGCGUUGCCUGUUUACUGUAUUUUGUGGUAGUUUCUUGUUUAAUGGAAUCAUUUAUAAUUGUGCGUGGGAUAGCCUUCAUACUUAGGAUGUGCUUGUCAUGUGUUUCCAUCCCAUGAAACUGAUCUCCUACCUUUCUUUCAUGUCAUUGAGUGCUACAUUCUUGUUGCUAUUUUUCAAUUCUACUGGGUCAAUAAUCUGCCUACUGCAUAUGCUAGGGUUCCUUCCUAGAUGAUCUACCUAAUAAUUUUUGUGCAAUGAAUCAAGGGUCUGUAGUGAAGAGUAUGGACUUUAAUCCAUGGCAGCAGAUAUUACUUCGAAAACAGAUGUGUUUACUCCCUCCCGAGGGAAUUUAUUCAUAUCUUUAGGAUGUAGGUGAUUUGAAGCUUUGUUCAAGAACUUGGUUCCUGAUGGAGUUGAGUCAAACCACUACACAUGUCAGUCCUCGUUGUGGCAGUAAAGAUGGGAGCUUUGGAAAUUGAUCUUGGCCGUUAUAGGUGCCAAAUCUCCUCCAAUUCAAUUAUGCAAAUUGAAACCUUUCUUUCUGCAAGUGUUUUGAAAAUUGUUCAUAUUCUGAUUGUUCUAAAAUUGGAGCACAAAUCACCACUUCUUUCCUUUCAUAAUCAUCUUGUUUACUUGAAAGUCCUGUUUUAAUCAGGAAUGCAAUGAAAUUACACAGCCAGCCACCAAGUUGUUUGGUUCUUGCCUAUUGUCCAAGCAUGCAUCAGUAGCCUAGUGAAACUCGUAUGCAUACAUGAUUCAUCUUUCCAUUCAAAGUUCUUUGCAAGACCCAGUUCGUAUGCAUACAUGAUUCACCAAAAUGUUUCAGGUGCUUGUGUGACUAACAGGUUUUUGUUUUGGUCGGAGCUAGGAGGUUAUUUAGCAGCAGGUGGUAAGCUCUGCAAUCAAUACUGGAUAAUUAAUUACAAAAUAUGUAAUUGGCCCUCUCUGUUUGACAAGGGUUUCUGAACGUUUCUCUACUGCGAAUGGUUUCAGUUUCAAGAAAUUUGAUAAGCAUGAGAAUUUUGAUGAGAUCAGACGCAGGGGAAAAACUUCAUCGCACUUUAUUUAGGGCGGUGGUGUUUAGGGUUUUCGUGUCCCACAAGGAACUGGGCUGUCCCUAAGCGACAUGUAUAUUUUCACGUAGCGCAAAAGAAUUUUUUAUUUUUUAUUUUUGACGUCAUCCUCCAAUGAUACCAUUAACCAUUUCCUUUGGAUGACAUUUUUUUUUAUUGCAAUGUGUUAAAUGGACCAUUAGAUUUGGAAUUGUUUCAUUGAUGCUAAGAAAGCCAUGAAGGUGGGACUUAUCAGAGUUAUUUAUGAAUGGUGAUCAUUCAUGAAUAUGAUACAAUGUUUUACACAGAUUCAUCGUUUCCUUCCUUCCAAAAAUUUCUGUACGGUGUGGUAUACUCGUAGGCCAUGAAUUUCUGUACGGUGUGGUAUACUUGUAGGCCUUAGGUUCAUGGUCCUCGGCGGGCAGCCCUAACUAAGGUUGCAAGCCUUAUGUGUUAGGACUUGAUAGUGUGUUUAAUUUUGAUGAAAGACACAAUAUCCAUUACUUCGCAAACUAAUAUACAUUGCAUAUAAUAUCCGUUCAUGAAAAACAAAUAUCCAUACCGCCCAGACUAAUAUCUGACCAUAUAAACUAGUGGCCCCUGGAUAAUUAUUUGGUUAAGGAUGAAUAUAAUUAUCUACAAACUAAUGUUCGAUCCAUCUUAAACUAUUAUAAGUUCAUGACAAACCAUAAUACUAAUUCAAAACAAAAAUACUGACUUAAAACAAAAUUACAAACUAAAAAAAAAACUAAUAUGCAAUCAUCUGCCAACUAAUAUCACACUACCAUUGGAAGAGAAGAGAAAGAGGAGCUUGAGAAAGAAUAAGAAUUGGUGGACCCAGCUCUCCCAAUUCUCUAUUCCCUUCCUCUCCCAAUUACCACCCAUAGCUCAUCCCUUGGAUCUCUACCGCCUCCACGUGGGUCUCCAUCCAACCAUGUUAGUAUCUACUAACAAAAAGGCAUGUUAGUAGUUUAACUUUUUCGACUAUUUGUGGGCAAUCAUCUGCAUUCAUUCACUAGCUGAAUAAUAGGAAAGUGAAGCCUUGGCUGCCACUUCAUCUCCUCUACUGUUUAUCACGAUCUUGCUCGCUUCAUGGCCCCUUCAUUGCUUGUUUGGUGUCUUCCUGUUAAUCAUGGACAUUGUAGGCUUGCGUUUGACGAACACGUACAUUCUCUCGUCGUCGUCGCUAUAGGUGUGUACUUUUCCCUCCGCCGCUAAAUGCAAAUCCUCUGGAUCGCAACUGUUGAAAUCGAAACCGGAAAGAUCGUCUCCAUCGCUCGCCGCGAUUUUGCGUUCCAACAAAUCCACCAAACUAGCAUCCUUACAAAACAUGCUUUGCUCGCUCUUUUACUUUCUAAUCUCUUGCUAUACAUAGGGAGAGAGCGAGUGGAAAAUAGAGGAAGGACUGGUCCAUAUUUAUAGAGAGGGUGGGGACUGGGUUUCGUGGCAGUUAAGGCAGGGGUUCCGUGCCCGAUAGGGAAACGGUCUACAAUCCCUGGGAGGGCUUUUCUCACUUAUUUUUGUUUUCAUUUUGGUCAGAAGCCCAUUUUGGUAAGCUCACAGACUACGGGCCGAAAACACUUUAAGCCCAACUAGUGGUUGUUGGUUUUAAUGGGUUUGGAGUUUGGACUAGGUGGAUUAUGAGUUGUUUUAGCUCCAUAUCGGUUAAAAAUGGCUUGGUUAUGCCAAAUAAUUAAUAAUAACUACGGAUCAGUGUGUUUAUUUAAUUGAGUUGUCACACUAAAUUGAACAAAAUUUUGACAAAAACAUGAUGAUUUUUAUGUUAAUUAUUCAAAAUUUGACUGAUAAGUUCACACAGAAAUAAAAUAAUCGAAUUUAUUGGUAAAUAAUUUUACUGCCCAACGUGUGUUCAUAUCAAAUUUUGAGUAAUCCGAAUUGUCGAGAUCAACAUCUCUGAUUCGUCCAAAUUAAUAAAAAUGAAGGUCAUAUAGGCGUUCUUAAUUGGUGCUAAGCUAAGGGGACAAAGGCUUUAUGGUGUUUCUAAGUAACGUGAGUUUGGAGGGGGUGGAUUAAUGGGUUUGUUUUAGCUCGGGUAUGGGUUCAAAUUGCAUGUUACGUCAAUUUUUUUAGAAUUACGAAGUUUUUUCAUUCAGUUGAAUUGUCAUGCUAAGUUUAACGAAAUGCUAACAGAAAUAGAUAUGAUGACUAUUAGUUAUGUUACCGAUUCUUUAAAUAGAGUUGUCACAAUAGGCUAGACGAAUCCCGAUAGAAACAGACACAAUGACUAUUAUGCUAGUUAUUACAAACUUGAGUGAUAAUUUCAAAAAAAUUACAGCAUCAAAUUUAUUGGUAACUCAUUUUACUUGAUUCACCCUUAUGAUAGAUAGCUGCCAAGCUCCAAAUCUUUCUUCCAAGUCAGUGUGAUCUAGUGCAAGAUCUUGAGCCUAGAACCCAAUGAAACUAACUGACAAUAGAAUAUGAAAAUAUCAUUUGCUAGAAGAUUGCAUAUCUAGGCAAAUGCAAAGUCAAAUCUUAACAUUUUAGCUUAUAAUAAUCACUAGUGUGAUAGUUAGGAAAAGGAAAGGGAAGGGUAGGAAGGUUUAUGAUGAUAACCAUGAGCAUGGUGUUGGGAGGGAAUGUGUUUCUCCAAGUAAGCAACUAAAAAAAAGUUCGUUUAUGUAGUUUUUCCACAAAUGUCACAAACUUCACAAUCAUUUCAAAGAUGAAUUUUUCUUUCAUUAUUAUUUUAAUAUACAUAAAGAAUUCAG